AUUUGUUUCAAUACUAAUUAGGCACUGAACUUCUUCAUCAUUCAUCCAUUCAACUGCAUUUUCACAGAAACUAGGGCUAUAGGUAAGUAGACAUCGGCACGAUUCAACUUUCGGGGAGCAAUGAUGACUAGAUGACCCCUCAGUAUUUCGCUCCUGGCAAGAAUCGAGCAACUCUCGCUUCUAAUGUAUGCCGUUUCAAGAACAAAUAUCAUCCGACAGCUGAGAAGUUUGGAGAAUCUGCUCAUGCCGUCUUUGAGCCUUACAUCGCGCGAGAUGGCAUCGGCAGAAUCGCAAGCAGCGACAGAAUCUACCGUCACCAAGCCUCCAAACGUGGUCAUUCACCACGGUGCCGGCGGUGACGGACAGGCACGGCUGCGGCAGCUGGUGACAUCUGUCGUCAGUUCCGAGUACUACACGUUUCAUGACCUGCCCGUGGCGGCGCCACCCGUCUGGUUGGAGAGCGCUGCGCUACUGGUGGUGGCCGGUCAGCUCAGCGCUGCCGUGUCCGCUGAUGCUGAGCGGUUCUGGCGUGGCGGCGGAGCGGUGCUCUCGGUCAGUUCGAGUCUUACACUGGGAUGUCUGUCUGGUGAGCCCCGGCCGCCGGCGGAACCAUCCGUGGUGCUGUCAUACGCCCAGGAGAGAGACGUCACAUGUCGCUACAGCGUUACCGCCAGACCACUCUCCGCUAGGAUCGCCGCGGAGGGAGCGUGUGAAGUCACCACGCCAGUCUCCGUGCGACGGGAGGACGAUGGUCCGGAGAUGCCCCCGCCCGUGCUGCGCUGCUGUCCUACCGGCGGCGGCGGCGCGGUGCUACUCACUCAGCUGGACUGGGACGUCACAGCGCCGGCACAGCUGCGGCUGCUGCGCGCUCUGCUGGGCUCUGAGCUGGGUGUGCGCUGUGCUGAACCCGAACAGACAGAGGUGCAGUAUGAGCUUGGUUAUCUGAUGGCGGACGCGGCAGUGGCAGCGAGGCUGACGGAGCCGCGGCGGUCGCGCUGCGGCCCUGAGCUAUGUGUGGUGUCCGCAGCGGAGACGGGAGCGGCCUCUGCCGAGCGUCUACCCCUGCUGGUGGGCGCGCCGCCGACCUCCCGGUUCAACCACCGUCUGUUUGAGUCGGAGCUGGAGACGGCCGUGCUGGGCCGGUGUCUGGUGUUCCUGCCGGCCGUCACAUCCACUAUGGACGUGCUGCGGGACGCGCGGCUGCCGCACGGCGCCGCCGUGGUGUGUGACCGACAGACACGGGGCCGUGGCCGCGCCGGUAACACCUGGCUCAGCCCGGCCGGCUGCUGUAUGCUGUCUGUGCGACUGCUGGUGACCCUAGACUCGCCGCUGGGCGGGCGGCUCAGCUGGCUGCAGCACGCCGCCGCGCUGGCCGUGGCGGAGGCGGUGGGAGACCCGCGACUCGGCCUGAAAUGGCCCAACGAUCUGUACUGGGAGGGCCGGACUAAGGUGGGCGGUGUGCUGGUGGAAACAGACGUCAUGGGUCGCAGCGCCGAGUGUCGGCUCGGUCUCGGGGUGAAUCUCGAUAACGCCGCGCCGACUGUGUGUCUGAACCGGCUGCUGGCGGCGCCGCUGGCCCGAGAGCGACUGCUGGCGCGCCUGCUGAGCCGACUGGAGGAGCUGCUGACGCUGGACACAGCCGCGCUGGCCGAGCGGUACAGGAGCCGGUGGCUGCACGAGCGACAGCCGGUGACGGUGCAGCGCGAUGGCGAGUCUGUGCCCGCCGAGGUGUGCGGCCUGGAUCAGCACGGGUUCCUGCUGGUACGCGCCGCUGCCGACGGAGCCGAGCUGGCCGUGUCCCCCGACGGAAACAGCUUCGAUAUGAUGCGGGGCCUGAUCGUGCCCAAACAGGCGGGCUGAUAGCGGCGUGUGAAACUGCUGUCACUGCGGGCGACGAGGGGCUACCGAGGUCCUCGCGCGGCGGGAUAGGAUGGGAGGCGGAACUGGGACCAUUGUAGGCGACCGUGAUGUCGUUGAUGUAAAAAUCAGAGGUGAUUACGCGGAAAGCUGUCAGCGCUUCUUAGAAUGUUUUACAAUGGGAAAAGGAAUUACAGCAGGCAGCAUUUUCAGAGGUGCGUUGGCAUCGUUUGAAUCGGAAACGGGAAGUUAAUAAGCUCAUGUACCUACUUUGAAGCAUCUAAAUUCUAAGUAUAUUUUGUCGCGAGAUCUUGCUUAGUGAAUGAAAAAGUCAUUCCGUUUGUGCAAUAGAGCCAAGGUGUAGUCUUAAUUCUUAUUUGCGUUUGACAGUUGUGCCGUGAAACUUUAUGAUAUUGAUAUGAAUAUGAUGCCCAAAAUGAAGGCCCAGGCCAGGUGUCGUCAGUCGUUUGCAUGGUAUGUUUGGGCUUUGGCGACUGGCGGGUGGCAUCAUAUCUGUAUAGGCAGGAGGCAGGGUCUCGGUAGGUGUGAAAAGCUCUCUGAGUAAUAAAAUGCUAACAAACAUG